AUGGUCGAAUGCACAAAAUGUAUUAAAUGGUACUGUUUUGAGUGUGUCAACGUAACAGAAGCUGUAGCUCUAGAUGAAUAUUGGAUGUGUCCAUCCUGUGAAGCCAUUCAUCAAGAAACCAUGGCGCAGCAAUCUGAUAUUCAAUUUACACCUCACCAGUCUUUGAAUCAGUUAGGAGUCAUUCCAACAUCAUUAGAACCAAAUAAAUCACUCACUAUCACUAUAGCACAAAGCCUAAAAAGCAAACAUAGUGGAUCAACCACAAGCAGCAGGCGCAAGUUGAAAUUGCAAAUUUUACAAGAAGAAAUAGCGCUAAUAAGAAAAGAAAGAGAAUUAGCUGAGCAGACACGAAAACUUCUUGAUGAAGAAUCUGAUGACAGCCAGUGUUUGGAUAAAGAGUAUUUGGAAAGAUCUGAGCCAUUAGCAAAUAGACUAUUGUCACUACAGAUAGAAAAUGGUGUUCAAUAA